AUGUCCGCCCGUAGGCGUUUAUCUAACUCCUGCAUCACCGCAGCUGUUCUAUCCUUGCUCAUCGGUCCGACGAAUGGGGCGACGGUCUCCAGUACGCCAGCCCAAACAUUCAGCGGCGUAGGUGGAUCGGGGGCUUGGUGGCCUAUGGAUUUGUUUCACUUUCCGGAAGCUACAAGGCAAAACCUAUCCGACCUCCUCUUCUCUGCGUCUGGUCUUGGACUCUCGAGCUAUAGGUGGAACAUCGGUGGCGGAGGCGUGAAUGUAUCGAAUCCGGUCCGCGCUCCUGAAACUUUCUAUGUCGCCCCGGGAGUCUACGAUUGGAACAAAGACGCGCAAGGAGUAUACUUCCUGAACGCGGCGGCGCAGCGUGGAGUACCAUCUCUAACAGCGUUUGUAAACAGCGCCCCGGCGCCUAUGACCGCUGGCAAGACCAGCUGCAACAGUCAAUUUGUUACGGGCAGCGGCGCAGCCUAUGGGACCUUCCUCGCGGAUGUGCUAUCCCACUUCAGGGGUCAGGGGAUCAACAUUAGCUACAUAUCACCCAUGAAUGAGCCAGAUAGCAGCUUCGGGCCGUCUCCCUGCGGACAAGAAGGGAUGGAAGUCGUGCCUAAUCAGCGUGCCGAAGUUGUGAGGGAGUUAUACAACGCGUUAAGUGUCAAGGGGUUACAGGGGACAGUUGGAAUCCUCGCCGAUGAAUCGUCCUCCUUGGGUAAUGCUAGGAACGAGUAUUCUUCCUGGUUGCCUCAGGUGAUUAACCAGGUUGCCGCUUUGGUUCAUCACACGUACGAUUUCCCCUCCGACGAUUCCUAUGCCUCGUACAUCAGCAAUGUCAGAAGUCUAUUCCCUGGCAAAACAACGUGGAUGUCGGAGGUGUGUUGCUCCCUGGGAAACGCGGAUGGCAGUGGGAGAGGAUGGUCGCAAGGGUAUGAUCCAACGAUCAAGAACGCGUUGAUGUUUUCGGGAAUGGUUUUUCAGAGUUUUCUCGUUGCCAACGAACCUCACUACGACUUUUGGACGCUGGUAUCAAAUGGAAUUGGAUGUUCCCCUCUCAACAAUCCAUCUUGCGUCAAUAAUCCGAAUUCUGCUGGCUGGACCGAUGGCUUGAUAUAUUAUGACAGUCAAUACGCGCGGAAUGGCAACUUUCAAUUAUACCUCACAAAACAUUUCUGGACCUUCAAGCACUUUGGCAACUUCGUCAAGCCUGGAAGUCAACGUCAUGAAAUAACAGGCUCAGAUGCGAACAAAUCAACGCUGGCAGUUUCCACGUCCACUGCAUAUAAUAUCAUCGCGAUGAAUCCUGGCAACUCCGACACGACGCUGACGCUCACGUUCCCAGAUGCUACCUGCGCGGGCCAAGCCUUCAGAACAUCUGCUAGCGAGGACUUCGCCACCGUAGCUGGUGCAACCAGGAGUGGCAAUAAUUGGGUAUUAUCUCUUCGCGCGAUGAGCCUGACGACUGGGAUCGUACUCGCCGCUAUUGUUCAGGUCUCUUCAUUUUCAUUACCCCGAACGUACCAAAUUGGGCUGGUAAAAAUGUAG